AAGCACAGCUUCAACAGCCUCUCUUCUCUCAUCACCUAAAGGAAGUGGGUUUCACCCUUUUGCAAGUCUGAAACAUGAGCACUAAAGUCCUUCUGAUCGUGGCUCUUGCUGUCACAGUGGCUGUUUCGCAACAUAUCGCCAGUGACAGCUCUCGAUGCCUAUGUCAGAGGACCCGACAAAAGAUUGUAGGAAAUCCCAGACAAAUCAAGAAUGUGGAAAUCUUCCCUCCCUCCAACUUCUGUGAAAACAUGGAAAUCAUUGUCAACAUGGAUGGUGGGGCUCAUUAUUGUUUGGAUCCAAACAUGAAGAAGAUCAGAGAAAUCCUCCAGAAGCUAAGAACGAAGAGAUCAAGCAAAAAUCUCAAUUAAUGAACACACUGGAAUCAGAAGCAUCAAUGAACCUCUUUCUGGGCACUUUAAAAUUCCUUAAACUAUUGUACUUUUAAAUUGUAAAAUAUACAGUGUGAGUUUUAAACAUUUUAAAAGUCUUAUUUUAAUUAUUUAAAAUUCCAUUUUUUUAACAAAGCAAAUUCAAUUUUAUGAAUUUUUAUUAAAGAAAGCCACUAUGAGGGCAUUAACCUAAGAAUACAUGCAUUUCUUACUGACAUAUUAUUUAUCCAUCUGAAACUGAGAAUAUGUGUGUUUUCAUUGCACUUUAUAUUUGCAAUAAAGAAUUUUUCA